GCCUCUGAACGCAUCGCGGCCACCAUUGUCGGAGGAGGGAGGAGAAUAGGGAGAGUCAGCCUGUCUUUCCUUUUUACCGACAUCAGUGGACGUCUGCCGGCCUCAUUCUAGUUUGUUAAACUAACGGUCUGGGACAGAACGGCUCCGUUCAAUAGUCCAAAAGACCCCGCUGAGGAGAUAUUAGCCCUUUGCUUUGUCGCCACACGACCUCCAGACACCGGCUACUUUCCAUUCACCGCAUCCAGAAGCGGAACGGAGGGGGGCUUCAGGAGGCUUUCUUGGUGACAAGGCCCUCCGGUACAUCAGUGGAAAUGGGGACGCUGGAUGCGUUAUCUUGACUAUUCCAAAUCUAAUUCGAAUCCUUGGACAAACGCGGAAAACCCGUUAGCCGGCUAGCUUCCUAUCCCCCUGUGGCUUCGUUAUAGUUUCUCUCGAUGUGACUGAAGACUUUGCUUCUUAACCUCCGGGAUCAUCCUGUUAGCGACGCCGUCUGUCCUCUGGAAUGCGGCGAUAGAGCUGAAGGGUUUGGAGACAGUGAGCCUCGAGUAGUUGGGGUCGAAAGUUGGGCCUCUGUGUACAGUAUUUGUUUUUCUCGAUGAUGCUGAGUUGGUGGAGCUGCGUGGAGCUUACUGGACUCUUUGUCGUGGUGCCUUCACGGACUAUCACCAUGAAGAUUGUAUGAGAGUCCCACCUUUCCCCCUCAAAUCCGCUGCGUCUGCUGUUAUUGACAACCAGAGCGUGAUUUGACUGGCCUUGUGUGGUGAACACAACAGUCUGCUCAUUUACCUUCUUCUGACCGGAAUCGCACUCAGGGACGAGCAUGUCUUUAUUAAGAGCCGCACUGCCCGGAAACGAGCGGAAACCGGAUCAUCACACCUCGCUGUCCAACAGCCGCUCGGACAAGGGUCCAGGUUGGUCCAGCCGCUCGCUGGGUGCCCGAUGUCGUAACUCCAUUGCGCUAUGCUCAGAUGAACAGCCGCACAUCGGAAACUACCGGCUGCUCAAGACCAUCGGCAAGGGCAACUUUGCCAAGGUCAAACUGGCUCGACACAUCCUGACUGGCAAAGAGGUUGCAAUAAAAAUAAUUGAUAAAACACAACUCAACCCUUCAAGCCUACAGAAGCUUUUUCGUGAGGUACGCAUCAUGAAAACCCUCAACCAUCCCAACAUAGUCCAGCUUUUUGAGGUCAUUGAGACGGAGAAGACACUAUACCUGAUUAUGGAGUACGCCAGUGGAGGGGAGGUGUUUGACUACCUCGUGGCUCAUGGCCGCAUGAAGGAGAAAGAAGCCCGCGGCAAGUUCCGACAGAUCGUGUCAGCAGUGCACUAUUGCCAUCAGAAGAACAUUGUCCACAGAGACUUGAAGGCAGAGAAUCUGCUCUUGGACGCCAACUCCAACAUCAAAAUCGCUGACUUUGGCUUCAGCAACGAGUUCAUGGCUGGCAGCAAACUGGACACCUUCUGCGGCUCGCCGCCCUACGCCGCGCCCGAACUUUUCCAAGGCAAGAAGUACGAUGGUCCCGAGGUGGACAUCUGGAGCCUGGGCGUCAUCCUCUACACCCUGGUCAGCGGCUCGCUGCCCUUUGACGGCCAAAACCUGAAGGAGUUGCGUGAACGUGUCCUGAGAGGCAAAUACCGUGUGCCCUUCUACAUGUCCACAGACUGCGAGGGAAUCUUGCGCCGCUUCCUGGUCCUCAACCCGACUAAGCGCUGUUCAUUGGAGCAAAUCAUGAAAGACAAGUGGUUGAAUGUGAGCUAUGAAGGAGAAGAGCUGAAGCCUCACAAAGAACCCGAGGAGGACUUCAACGACACCGUCCGGAUCGAUGUGAUGGUGGGGAUGGGUUUUACCAGAGAGGAGAUCCGAGAUUCUCUGGUCAGUCACAAGUACAAUGAGGUGACAGCCACGUACUUCCUGCUGGCACGAAAGAACGAGGCCGAAAGCACAGUGUCCCGAUCAGCCAGCAGUCUCAGCCUGGCUCGCGCCAGGACUGGUACCAUCGCCAACGGUACCAGCAAACACUCUACUUCCUCUUCUGGUGCUUCGUCCUCCUCUUCAGCCCACAAGCCACAACGCAGCGUCUCCACCUAUCAGCGCCAGAGACGACACUCUGACUUCUGUGCUCCGGCAGCUCCUGGGUCGGCGCAUCCCAAGCGCAGCCCGAGCGGGGUGGGAGAAGCAUCUGGGCUAAAGGAGGAAAGGCUGUCAGUCCGCAAACCCAGCAACAGUACCGUCAGUUCUCGGAGCAUCCCGACGCCCUCCAGUCCGAUGGUCAGCUCUGCUCACAAUCCCAACAAAGCCGAGAUACCUGACAGACGGAAGGAGGCCAACUCCACCACGAAUAAUGUCUCUGCUAGUGGCAUGACUCGAAGGAAUACGUACGUGUGCAGCGCAGACAGACAGUCGUUGUUGCAAAACGGCAAAGAGAACAGUUCCCUUUCCCACCGGCUGCCCCCCGCCUCUCCCUCUACCCACAGCUUCACAGGCACGUCAGCCUCUUCCGCCUCCUCGACCUCCACAACCUCCUCCCGUCUCUCACGGGGCUCCACGGCCAGAAGCACCUUCCACGGCGGGCAAAUCCGAGACCGCCGGCCGCCCUUACACGGGACGGCGGCUUCGCCCACUCUGUCGCACGACACAGGUGGCACCCUGCGUGGUGCCAGAAUUCCACGCACCCCCAGCAACCUUCUCAGCAAGCUCACCUCCAAGUUGACCCGCAGGGUCACAGACGAACCUGAGAGAAUCAGCAGAUCUCCGGUCACAAGUCGCCAUAUAUCUGGGCAUCAAAAAGCGGCAGAGCCCCGGACCCCCCGAUGCGGCUGGGAUGUGAAGGUGCGCAGCCCCCGCGACCCGGCCGAGGUGGUCCUGGCUCUACGGGAGGCGGCCCAAGGCUGCGGCUGCCAGGUACAUCUGGCAGGCCCCUUCCUACUGUCCUGCACACACGGAGCGGCCGGUGCCCGCGUGGCUUUCGAGGCAGAAGUGUGCCAGCUGCCCGGCGGGCCGGCGCAGAGCACCGGCGUGCGCUUCAAGCGUCUCUGGGGGGCACCGCUCGCUUUCAGAGACAUUGCUACCAAAGUGUCCAAAGAGCUGGAGCUCUGAGGGCUAAAUUGGGAAAUUAGGAUGGUGGGGAAGAAGAAGUGGGCACAAACCUCUCGCCGUAAUGCCGCCAAAGACCCUCGUCCUGUGUCCCAUCUUGAACUGCUGAAAACAAGCAAAAAGAUUACACACACUUUAUUUUAUCAUGUUUGACUGAUCAGCUACCAAUGAGCGUUAAGACCACAUUCAAAAGAACAAUAAAAUACUCUGGAUUAAUACCACCAGAAUAAACUCAUCAUUUUAGGAGAAUAGAGUCUUAUUUUUCAAGGGAAAAAAGGAAUCUCAUUAGCACGGUCUUUGUUUUUCAAGGAAAUUAUGUAUUUUUCAGAGGGGAAAAUAGCAAUUAUUGAAAAGGAGCCACAUUCUACAAAGUUGUCAAAUUUCUACCAAAUAAUUAUGACAAUCUGGAUUUAUUUCUCUGCCCAAAAGUUUAUUUUGAAAAAAGUAGUCUUGAAAAAAUAAAAUUGUUAUCAAAAAGGAUUUUUUGAAAAAUCUUGAUUAUGUAGGUGGAGAAUACCUGUAGUUGGAUUUGUUUCAAGAGAAAAGCAAUUUUGUUUCAGGGGCAAAAAUAAAUAUAAAAAACACAACAAACCUUUGAGCAUUAUUUCAUUAUUUUAAUGACAAAAUGCUCAUUUUCAUUAAUUAAAUGAAAUUUUGUCUUGAAAUGUUUAUUUUCCAGUACAGUGUUACUAUUAGGUGAAGUGAAGAUACAAAAUAAUUCCCAUUGAAUGAUUAUCACGUUAAAUUUCUAUUUUGAUCUCAUAAUAAUAAUAAUAAAUUCUUAUUGAAUAUUUACAGUUUUAUUAUCACAAAAUUGUGUUCUAUUUUUUUCCCCCAAAAAAAGACUUUUGGAAGAUCCCAACUUUAUUCUGGUUGUGUAGUCUUGUUUUUUUUUUUUUUUCAGUGUGGUCCUAAUACCCAUUUAUCAUUAGCUAAGAUUCCAUCCCAGUAAGAAUUCAUUCCCGACUGAAAUGCUGCUAUUUACAGUCACGUUUAUCAACUUUUUUGAUAAAAAGGAAAGAAACAAACAGCAAAUAAGUAGCGAUGCUGACCUCUAGACUCUAGAGUGAGUUAUGGUCCACUCAUCAUCACAGUUAGAACCACACAGUUCUAUUAUAGUUGUAAUACUAUUUCCUGUUGUCCCCCCCCCCCCCCAAAAAAAAAAAAAACUGAGGCAUGAUGGAUUUGUUGGUUCACGAUCACACACCUUUAAGUCAGCCUAAAAAGUUGAUAAAUUUGACUUUUUCUACAUGAAAAACUUUGUCAUUGUUUUAAUCCAAGCGGCUAAUUGGACUUCUCCAAUGUAUUUGUUGAUUAAUGCUCACACAUUUUUCGCUACCCGUCACACAACUUAUUGCUACUUAUGACACAAAUGCUGUUUAAUGUUAAAAAUAUAUUAAAAACUGUUAAUUGAUUUCCUAUUAUUGUCUUAAAGGAGAGAACAAGCAUCCACUCCAAUUUCUGAGGCGUAUUUAUUGUUCAUGCUCACAUGUUUGGCUACCUAGCAUUCAACUGCAAAUACAGUCUCACAUUAAAGAGUAUCCAAAACAUCGGACCUUA